GUGUACUCUUGAAUUUUAUUUAAUUAAAAUACAUUAUAUAUAAUAUAUGUACGUCUAAAUAACAUUACCUACCAGCUUACAAUCUCCUUUAGAAUAAAACAAUAAAAUAAUAAGUGAAAUAACAAUUAAUCACUGCUAAAACCAUGGAGUCAAUCAAAGAUUCAUUGUCUGCCAUGUCUGAACUAUUUAAUACAAAAAUGAGUGAAUUUCAACAUGAGUUACAAAAGACAUCUUCGUCAGUUGCUACACACACACCAUCACUUUCAACGGAGUUCAUGCAGUUUAGAAGCUUCAUUAUAACUGCUCUCAGCACUCUUCAGCGUCAGGUAGAAUUUCUUGGUAGGGAGUUGGACCGCCAGGAAAUGCAAAGUAGGCGCAAAAUACUACUUCUUCAUGGAGUCCCAGAAGAAAAAGCUGAGAACACCAGUGCUCGUGUGACUAGUCUCGUUGCAGACCAUUUGGACUUGACAAACUUCUCUAGCUCCAGCAUAAAAACUUCCUAUCGGCUUGGUAAGUCUACAGCCAACCGGAACAGGCCAAUUGUAGUUAAGUUCUGUGAUGUUAGCGUGCGGGAUAAGGUGUGGUUUGCCAAGUCAAAAUUUAAAGGCACUGGCAUAACCCAAUCGGAGUUCCUCACGAAGACACGGCACGAUGUGUUCCUCUUAGCACGGCAGCGUUUCGGCAUUGGGAAGUGUUGGACCAGGGAUGGACGGAUAUUUUUCGUAGCCCCAGAUGGAUCGCGUCACCAAGUUGAAUCACACGCUGAACUCGAAGCUGUAUCUUCUUCACUUUUAAAAUCUCCAGAAGUAAAGGGCUCAAACGUGUCGAAGAAUCCAGACAGCAAAGUUACAGUUUCUCGACCGAAACGAAUUAUUAAAAAGUAGUGAUUAUAAUUUCUCGGUUUUACAUAAUAUCUGCUUACUGCAACAAUUGGUUUGUUUACUUUAAUUUACCUUCCUAAUCACUUACUUACUUUUAUGAUUCAAGUAGUUAUAACUUUAUAAGUGAGUGUAGUUUAAAAUUUGUUAUUAUUUGUCAGAUAUCUAAUACAGAUUGUGAUGACAAUUUCUAUUAAUGACAGCUGUCACGAUCUGGACUCUAGUGUUUUGCCUAUUUUAA